CGGUGUCGUCCAGGCCGGUGCCGCGUCUACAGGGAGGCUGGAGGGGGUGGUUUGGCCGGGGUGGUCCUGAUAACGUACUUUUUGGAACACCCGUAAUUUCAGGUCUGCAAGAUGUCUGUGACCUACGUCAAGAAAAGCUUUAUAAAGCUUUCCCAUGCUAAGCAAGAUACCUUGCUAAAAAUGUCCAUCUUGACAAUCGCCGCUAUCCUGGCAUUUUCCAGUCGUCUUUUCUCUGUCCUUCGCUUUGAAGCAGUCAUUCAUGAGUUUGAUCCUUACUUUAAUUAUAGAACCACAAGGUACCUUGCAGAAGAGGGGUUCUACAAGUUUCACAACUGGUUUGAUGAUCGGGCAUGGUAUCCAUUGGGUCGGAUCAUAGGUGGCACCAUCUACCCAGGCUUGAUGGUCACAUCAGCAGUGCUCUACCACAUCUUGCACUUCCUGCACAUCACAGUGGAGGUGCGGCACAUCUGCGUGUUCCUGGCGCCGCUCUUCUCCAGCCUGACUACGCUGGUGACGUACGCGCUGACGCGCGAGCUGCAGGAUGCCGGCGCCGGCCUUGUGGCCGCCGCGCUCGUGGCCAUUGUGCCCGGCUACAUCAGCCGCUCUGUGGCCGGCUCCUACGACAACGAGGGCAUCGCCAUCUUCUGCAUGCUGCUCACCUACCUGCUCUGGAUCCGCGCCGUCAAGACGGGCACGCUCUUCUGGGCCACGCUCUGCGCCAUCGCCUACUUCUACAUGGUCUCCUCCUGGGGCGGCUACGUCUUCCUCAUCAACAUCAUCCCGCUGCACGUGCUGACGCUGAUGGUGAUGGGGCGCUUCUCGCACCGUGUGUACGUGGCCUACUCGUGCGUCUACUGCCUGGGCACCAUGCUGUCGAUGCAGAUCUCCUUCGUCGGCUUCCAGCCCGUGCAGAGCUCCGAGCACAUGGCCGCGUUCGGCGUGUUCGGCCUCUGUCAGCUGAUGGCUUUCGUCAACUACGUGCGCUCGAGGCUGAGCGGCGAACAGUUCGAGACGCUGCUGCGCAGCCUGCUGACGCUGUGCGCCGCACUGCUGGUGAUGCUGGCCGUUCUGCUGGCCGCCACCGACAAGAUCUCGCCGUGGACGGGGCGCUUCUACUCGCUGCUGGAUCCGUCGUACGCCAAGAACCACAUCCCGAUCAUCGCGUCCGUGUCGGAGCACCAGCCGACCGCCUGGAGCUCCUUCUACUUCGACUUUCAGGUGCUGAUGUUCCUCUUCCCAGUCGGCCUCUACUUCUGCUUCUCGAAGCUGGACGACUCGCGCGUCUUCAUCAUCCUGUACGCGGCCACCAGCCUGUAUUUCUCUGGCGUGAUGGUGCGCCUGAUGCUCGUACUAGCGCCUGUCAUGUGCAUCAUCUCCGGCAUCGCCGUCUCCAGCCUGCUGACCAUCUACAUGCGCGAGAUCGUCACGAUGGACCGGGCCGCCGCCGCCAGCGGCCACGACAAAAAGCGCUCCAAGUUCGAGGGCAACUACUUCUACCGCAGCGAGGUGGCCAACCUCUUCGUCUGCAUGAUGGCCGGCAUGCUGGUGUUCUACGGCUUCCACUGCACCUGGGUAACGUCCGAGGCGUACAGCUCGCCCUCGAUCGUGCUGUCGGCCAAGUACGACGGCGAGCGCAUCAUCUUCGAUGACUUCCGGGAGGCGUACUACUGGCUGCGACAGAACACCCCCGAGGACGCUCGGGUCAUGAGCUGGUGGGACUACGGCUACCAGAUCACGGCCAUGGCCAACCGAACCAUCAUCGUGGACAACAACACCUGGAACAACACGCACAUCUCGCGCGUGGGUCAGGCCAUGGCCAGCAGCGAGCAGCACGCGUACGGCAUUAUGCGCGAGCUGGACGUCGACUACGUGCUGAUCAUCUUCGGCGGCUUCACCGGCUACUCCAGCGACGACAUCGCCAAGUUCCUCUGGAUGGUGCGCAUCGGCGGCUCCACCGACCGCGGCGCGCACAUUCACGAAAAGGACUACUACACGUCGUCGGGCGAGUUCCGCAUCGACGCGCAGGGCUCGCCCACCAUGCUCAACAGCCUGAUGUACAAAAUGUGCUACUACAGAUUCGGCCAGGUGUACACGGAACGGAGCCGGCCGCCCGGCUGGGACCGCGUGAGGAACGCCGAGAUCGGCAACAAGAACUUCGAGCUGGACGUGCUGGAGGAGGCGUACACCACUGAGCACUGGAUCGUCCGCAUCUACAAGGUCAAGGACCUGCCCAACCGAGGCUAGGUGGCGACGUGGAGCGGUGCCGGCGAGGGCCGGGACGGCCAGUUACGGCUCGCUCAGAGUGAUGCUGCGGGGGCGCUCGACAGUGACGAGAGUACAGAUAUCCGUGAUUGGGUGUAAGCUAAGGUGAUGUGUUGUUGUAUGGGAUAUGCCGUAUAUUUCUAAGAUUCGCCGUUUCGUUUUGCUUGCUCGAGUGUUCACGUGACGCUUGCUUUGCUUGCUUUUCCACUAGGACUAGAGGGUGCACUGAAGGCCUUAUCCAUGCCGUCUCCCAGCCAGCUUGUUAACCAGAUGAGGUUGGCCUCCCCACCUGGACUCCUCUUCGUCGCAUUUGAACCAUAGCCUCCAGCCCUGCCCGUUUUGGUUUAUCGCCCCGACCGCUGGGCCAUUUGUCCACCCCAGUUGCGAAGGGCCCGUCUAGUGGCUCGUGCCGGCGGACGUGGCGACGGCAGCAGGGGUGUGGCCGGUGCCCUACGGAGCAGCGACGUGACAUCUCGCCGCGGCGGUGCUCCUCCACCUGACAGCAUAUCACGCUCCCUCUGUCUCCAGAUGUGUGUCAUGUUGCACGGCUUCUUUCAGUGAUACGAUUCUGUUGCGCUCGCGUAUGAUCGGCUUAGAUAAGUGUGGCUCGAGGCGAGACUGUCGGUGGCUCCGGGCGCGGACCCUCGCGCGUGCUUAGUUUGGGGGUGGGGCGCAGACCGAGCGGCAUCACGCUCUCUCACUAACGUCCGCUGAGAGCUCGCGGCCCGUGGCGGCGCACGGGCGCGCCUGGUGAUUAUUUGCUGCACACUCGCGCCGGUGUGGAGCGCUGCAAUGAGGAUGGCGGGCACGUUGGAUGGAUUGGCGCGCGGUGCGGCCGUGCCCUCGGGCGUUCCCGCGGGCGCCCGCAUCGGAGUCAGCACUCAGGCCGGCCCUGCCGAGUCAGACCAGCGCUGGGUCAUGCCUGCACCGCUGUCACACUCCUGCCACUGUCCCUGGCCACGACCAGCCCAUUGUUCGGGGACAGCUCACUCGGUCGGCCGUGUGCUCCUUCCCUCCCCUGGACUCUCCCUGGACCAGACGCCGCGGGACCACCUCUGUCACCGUCUGCUUGGAAGUGGCCCAUCGGCAGUGGGGCAGCCGUCACCCGGUGACAGAAUGUGUGCGGUGUUCACGGGCUUGCCGAGACAAAUAAAGCGGCUUGGCGGCCGGGA